AUUUUCAAUUUAUUGUUGGGUACCGACAAUUUAAUACUACGUUCCUGUACGAAACCCAUUCACAGAAUGAACGAACCGCUGCUUGCUUGCGUUCUGUUCGUGUAGUCACUCAGUAGUGUCAUGGAGGUAACAUGGCCGAGGAGACGCGCCUAGUUCGCGUUGAGGAGAGACUAAAAAUUAAAAUCGGUGAGGUAAAAAAUCUUUUAAGUCGAGGCCAUGGAUCCCCAGGAACACGAGAUGUCUACUGUGCAUUAUCACUUGAUCAAGAAGAAAUCUUCCGCACUAGUACGAUUGAACGAACUCUCAAUCCAUUCUUUGGUGAAGAGUUUCAGUUUGAGGUGCCGCGAAAGUUCCGCUACCUCGGUAUUUACGUUUAUGACCGUGACAGACACUUGAAACAAGAUAAGAUCCUGGGAAAAGUAGCGAUUAAACGUGAAGAUCUAGCAACGUACCAUAACAAAGAGCAUUGGUUUCCAUUGAGGCCAGUUGAUGCUGACUCGGAAGUACAGGGUAAAGCACACCUAGAGCUUGCACUUCAGCCUCAAGUUAAUCACGCACAACCUAAAUUAACAGUACGAGUUAUUGAGUGUAGUGAAUUGACUUUAAAAAAUGGUGGUUGUGAUCCCUUUGCCACUGUUACAGUUAUUUAUAGUAAUGGUAAACAAAUAAUUAAGCGUACAAAAGUUAAAAAAAAGACUGUGUCGCCGUAUUUUAAUGAAACAUUCACUUUUGAGCCUGAAUUGAUUGAACCAAAAGACAAAGAUGUUUCGCACUACUCAAUUGAUGGCGGAGAAGUUGGUGAAGUUGUUGUAGGCCUUUGGCAUGCUUCACCAGGAAUGGGUGAACAAUCUGCAUUUCUUGGUGAAGUUCGUGUCACUUUGAGAGGCUUAAAAAAACAACUCACGAGCACCACAACUGCUUGGUAUUUUUUACAACCACGAGCAGCCAAAAACCGUCCAAGUAAAAUAACACACAAUUCAUCACCACCAGGUACACUACCAGGUCUUGGAUCGUUACGCUUAAAGUUACAUUAUACAGCGGAUCAUGUAUUCCCAUCGGAAAUGUACGAUAGAUUACGCAGUUUACUGUUACAAAGUGUCAAUGUGCAACCAAUAACAUCUUCAGCGGUUUAUAUACUCGGUGAAAUUGUAGCAAGUAAAAUGGAAGCUGCUCAACCCUUGGUUAGAGUCCUCGUACAUCAUGGUCAACUAGUAUCUGUAAUGAGAGCAUUAGCUAGUCAUGAAAUUUCAAAAUUAACGGAUCCCACAACAAUAUUCCGCGGUAAUACACUGGUCAGUAAGAUGAUGGAUGAAGGUAUGCGAUUAGCUGGACUUCAUUAUCUUCACAGUACCUUGAGGCCGGCUAUGGAGCAGGUUUUUCUAGAAAAAAAACCAUGUGAGAUUGAUCCUACUCGAGUUAAAGAUGCCAACACAAUUCAAACAAAUUUGGCUAAUUUAAAGGAGUACGUAGAACGUGUAUUUACGGCAAUAACGACAUCAGGUGUACGGUGCCCACCAUUAAUGUGUGAAAUGUUUUGGUGUUUGAGAGAACUUGCUGCUACUUAUUUCCCAAAGAAUAAAGAAGUGCGAUACUCGGUUAUUAGUGGCUUUAUAUUUCUCAGGUUUUUCGCUCCUGCGAUACUCGGCCCAAGAUUAUUUGAUAUAACAACUGAACAAAUAGAUUCUCAAACAAAUAGAACAUUAACGCUUAUUUCAAAAACAAUUCAAAGCUUAGGAAAUUUGGUUAGUUGCCGCGGAGGGGCUGGUAGUGUAUGUAAAGAAGAGUAUAUGGAAGGCGUGUACAGAGAGUUUUAUACAGAAAAACAUAUACAAGCUGUAAAACAAUUUUUAGAAUUAAUUUCAACUAGUAGUAGUAGCAGUAGUAGUAGUAGUAGUGGAAUGACUCGGCAACGACCGACAAUUCUUCAAGAACAACCAGUAGUUUUAAAAGAAGGUAUAAAUUUUCUCUUUACGCACUCUACGAACUGUGGCAAGAGAGUAAUGAUCAAAAGAGCACAAGGUCGUAAACGUUUUGGACGUAAAAAUUUUAAACAAAGAUAUUUUAGACUGACUACGCAAGAUUUGACCUACUCAAAAACAAAAGGGAAGGAGCCAUUGUGUAGAAUAUUAUUGGAAGAAAUAUUGGCUGUGGAGAGACUACACGAAGACUCAUUUAAAAUGAAAAAUAUGUUUCAAAUAGUACAACCACAACGUGCAUUAUAUGUACAAGCUGGUAAUUGCGUUGAGGAAAAAGAAUGGAUUGACAUACUUACUAAAAUCUGUCAUACGAAUAGUAACAGACUAGAGAGGUAUCAUCCGAGUGCUUACAUCAACGGCCACUGGCUGUGUUGUCGAGCAGUUUCUGAGGUAGCUCCUGGUUGCAGUGAAGUGUCUCCGGGAAUUGAAGCAGGUUUAAGAAUGGUCUUGGAUCCAGAUCGUGAUCUACAAAGAAUUCAUUCACUAAUCUUCACGAAUAUGGCGCGAUUAGAGACACUGAUGAGUGCUUGUGAGUGUCAAGCUGUUUACGGUGCCAGUGAAAUGUGUGUUUUACCGGGUGGUGGUUCACCUAUCGAAGACGUACCUUCGUGUUUUAAAACACUUACUGCUUUGAGUGAUGCGGCCUUUGGAUUGCAACAAGAACACCGUGCUUACUUUAGGAAAUUAGCUCGUGACACCAAAUAUGGAAGCAAACAAGCACCAAUUGGUGAUGAUAACUACCUCCACUUAGCUGCAAGAGCCGGAUUUGAUAAUCAGCUUACGAAACGUGCUGCAUAUACAGAUUCAGAUGGCCGCAAUCAACAAUGCAUAGAAGCGGGACUAUGUUAUGAUGGUUUUACACGUCGCAUUGAGACUGAUCGUAAAUACGAUGAGUCAUUACGAAAGUGUUUGGAUUCAGAUUCAAUAAAUCGUAGGUACGAAAAUGAAAAUAAUACAUUAAAACUCUAUGAGAGUAAUGCAGAAAGCAUUCGUAGUAUACAGAAUGAUCUCAAUAAAUUUGACCGUAGUUUGAAUAAUACAUUAAAAUCAGAUAGAGUUGUUGAAAGAAAUGGUAAUGAAAAUUUAGAAAAUCAUAGGCGAAUGGAAAUGAAUAAUUUAUUAAGCAGCGAGGGUGUCAGUUUAUCAGGCUCUUUGUCUCGAAAAUUGAGUAACUAUGAUCAUGUUAAAAAAAUUAAUAUUGAUAGUUCAUUAUCGUGGAGAAUUCGAGAUGAUGCGUCUGAUAUAUCGUCUAGUUCCAUGAGUGGUCGUGGAAAUAAUUGAAAAAAUAGUUUUUUUUUUCCAUUAUUAAUAUUAAUUCAUUAUUUUUGUUGAAUAUAAAAAAGAAAGAAACCAGUGAAAACAAUAUUCUCGAUCAUAAAGUUAAUUUAUUAUCAUUAAUUUGUGUAGCAAUUGAGUACUACAAAUUGUUUAAAUUUAUAAGUUAAGUCAUCUAUAAUUAAUGCAUCAUUUAAUUAUUUCAUCUGU